UUUUUCAAUUCAUAAUAAUAAUAAUCAGAAUAUCAGAUAAUAAAAUAAGUGUGAGAUUGAGAUUGAGAUUGGAUAGUUAUGGAAGAAGGCGAAAGAGAAGGGAAUGGAAAAGGCGCAAAGGUUAGGUUUUUGAUUGAAAAGGCAACAAAUUCCACCGCACCCGAUGUCGAUCACCGCCUCCUCAAAGCAAUCAAAACGGUGGUUCGUUACUCCGAUCUGGAGCUCCGACUUUCUUCUCAAACCUUAAUGGAUCUCAUGAAGCGUGAUCACUCCCAGGUUAGGUACCUUGCACUCCAAAUAAUUGACGAACUCUUCAUGCGUUCAAAGCUUUUUAGGACCCUCAUUGUUGAGAAUUUGGAACAAUUAAUGUCCUUGAGUGUUGGGUUUCGGCGAAAUUUGCCGCUUCCUGCCCCUCCGUCUGUUGCAUCCCUUUUGCGUACAAAGGCCAUUGAAUUUUUGGAGAAGUGGAAUGUUUCGUUUGGGGUUCAUUACAGACAGCUUAGAUUAGGUUAUGAUUAUCUGAAGAAUACACUAAAGCUUAAGUUUCCUAACAUACAAGCUAAUCUGGAGAGGAUUCGGCAAGAGAGAAAGGAGAGGGAGAUGAGGUCGAAAGAGAUUUUGUUGAACAAGUAUGAAUCUUUGAAAGAGAAAUUUUCUUCAAUAAAGGGAGAGAUACUGUCUACAAUGGACGAGAUUGAUGGGUGUUUAGACAUUUUGCAUUCAAAACAGGAACUUGAGUCAGAUGAUAUCUUAGACGAUGAAGAGCUUGAUGACUUUCGCUCUUUGGAGCUGCAGCAGCUUCGUCGUGAAGCAUUGAAUGAAGGGGAGAAAGUGUAUGAAAGCGGUGAUAACAAGGUAGUUUUUGAUGCAUUGAGGGAGCUAUACAAACUUCUGGUGACAAAGCACCUGGUUUCCAUUCAAGAAUGGGUUUCUGUUCUGGUAAGAGUUGAAGUAGCUGACAAUAGAUUCAGAGAUUCUACGUUGAAGGAGUUCAUUGAUAUCCAAAACCGUGUUAAAUCAGUUAAAAAAAGAUGUGAGGAGGCAGGUUGUUCUUUUCUAAACUCAUCAAAACUUGACGGGGAAGAAGAUUUUUGGGAGGAGGGUAAUGUUGUAUCCAUUGAAACCCCAUCUAGUGCGCCUGAUAAUAAAAACAAACAUCCCGACGUGGCAUCAACUUCCCAGAAUAUGAGUAGUGAUAAACUUGGUUCAUAUGCUAAAGAGUCUAAAAGCUCCAACACUGACAGCCUACUUCAUGGGGGUAAUCAAUCAGAGUCACACCCUCUGAGGAGUAAACUUUUGACCAAAGCUCCUGUGGUGAGAUGGGGUUCUCACUUGGAUACUUGGGGUUCAAACAGGGUUUUUAUGGCCAACCAGCGGGGAUUGGAUCUUGAAAGUCACUGGGGUAGGGUAGAUGAUGAUGCAGUUAUUCCAUCAGAUAUAAUUUCUGAAUUGAGUGUUCCGGCAAUGCCUUAUGAAGAAAAGCAAAUUGAGAUCCAACCAUGCCGUGCUCCUUUGAGAAAAGGGGGACUCUGUCGGAGAAAAGAUAUGAAAAUUUGUCCAUUUCAUGGACCUAUUAUUCCUCGAGAUGAUGAAGGGAAGCCGCUUGGUGCAAGUCCUUCAGAAGACAUGAAUGUUAAUAUAACAAAGACUGAUUUAGCAGAGAAGUUAGCAAAACAAGCAGUAAAGAAUGUUCGGGAAACAGACAAGGUGGCGGCCAAGAAGAGAGAAAUUGAUAAACAAGAAUUGAAACGAGCAAAACUUGCUAAAAUUCGGGAACACAAUGAUGCAGUUUUACGGGAUGCUGCAUUGGCUUCAACUUCAAGAUCAGCCGCUUUUGGAGAAGAUGAUGAGGUAACUAACAGAGACAAGAAAGCAAGUCUCGCAUCCAUGCUGAAAAAGAAAGUAACGUCAAAAGAUAGAAUAGCUCAGAAGCUUUUGAGUUCGCGGGCAAGGUAGCUAGCAUUUGUCAAUUGAGGAUGCUCACGGGCAAGGUAGCUAGCAUUUGUCAAUUGAGGAUGCUAAAUAUAGAGAUGUCUUCCCAAAUCAGUAAACUGGUAUGAUUUUGGUUGAGCUUGUCUGAUUGCUCGGAAGUCUUAACUAAACUUCAGAAUCAACUGUAUUUUGAGUAAAGUCUUGCCUAUGGAUCAUGAGACCAAUUAUUUGAACUGAGAGAGGGAGGGAAAUUGUUCAUCCAUUCAUUUAUUUUUCCUUGCAGUUAUUUUUUUUUAGGCAGAUUACUUAGGAUCAGUUAAGGACAGAGAAGUAGUAGUUUGGUCUGUUUAUGUGAUUUAUUUUAAAAAAUUUCCCCACAUCUUCUGUGAAAUUGUUUUGUAUACUAGGUGCCAGAGGAUUAAAAACUUGGCAAUUGAUGUUGUCAUGUGGAUGUUGCAAAUUUAUUUGUUGUCAAUAAUACCUGCUUUGCAGAUAGCAACAUGUCUUCAA